UCUGUCCUGGCUGGCAACAACAACAACCCUAGCGCACAGAAAACAAUGACAAAGCUAGGAAGGAUUUCAAUGCAAUAAUAUAUUUUAAAGUCUCCCGAAACGACUUGGGCGAUUUUUCUUUGUAUGCUUUUGUUGACCGACCAGUUGUUAUCGUAACAUUCGUCUAUAAUAUUAUUGACAGCCGAGUUUACCAAAACUGUCUAGCUUGGAUAACACAGCUAGCUAGCCAGCCAGUUAAUGUUAGCUGUUUCAGAAAGGGGCGAUUGUGAUUUGUUGUCGGUGUUUUGUUGAUCAGAACUCGUAGUUUGUCACAUUGACAUAGGAAUAGCUAGUUUAAAAUAACGUUAACGACGUUAGUUGGCGAACUAUUGUUUAAAUGCCAAGCAACAGGCAGCUAACUUACUAGCUAGCUUUUUUUAGGCAGCUGUCAGCUAGGUUAUUUUAUUUUCGAGCUAGGUAGCAAUUAGGAAGCUAGCUAACAAGGGAAGUCAUUUAUGUUUGAUUCUAAACACCUGGCUAGUUUUCCCAGCUGUGGUUUCAAGUUGGUGCCAGUUUGCACAUAUUCAUGUUAGUGUGGUUAGCUAUAUGUUUCAGGGAAGUUGUCUUGCCAAACAUUUGUUUUAUUGCAUACAUUGAGUUUCCAGCUUUACUUUGCUGUAACGUAUUUAUUCUGGCAGUGUUAUAAUGUUCACGAAGCCAGUUAUAACCGUAAUGCAUGUUAUUGUCAAGAGCAGGUUGACUUAAAAUAGCCAGAACAAACAUUCAACCAUAUUGCCUCACAGUACUAUAUUUGCAAUGUGUCACAUAUUGACAUUUUUGUAUUAAAUGUAUGGAAUGCUGCAGUAAUUGUUGGCUAAUAAGCUGUAAGAAGUUGUAGUGGAUCUUGAACCUUUACAGGUCAAUUGGAGCACCGUCACCAUGCAACCCUGUUAAUAUGUCUACUUACAUCAAGUUGUCUAUGUUCUAGGUGUUGUGUACGUGUAGCCUAUAAAGCACACAAUAUUUAAAACUACGGUCAUGUGUUAUCACAAACUACUUAAUUGAUAUUUAUUUACUCUUCUUUUGGGUCUAUUUGGCGUUAUAGUCAAAUUACUCCAGCUAGCACAAAACUGUUCAGAUUUGGCUUGUGAAGGAAAAAUGAGUGGUCAUGGUUCAUCAGAAAAGGAAAUUAACACCAGUCUAAUUUGUCAAGAGAGCUAUGCUUGUGGGGGCUCAGAAGAGGCUGCUUUUGAAUGUGAUGAAUGUAGAAGCUUGCAGUGUGUUCGCUGUGAGCAGGAACUCCAUAGUCAAGAGGGCCUGCAGAACCAUGAACGGGUAGCAAUAGGCCCAUGGCAUGUACCCUACUGUGACAACUGCAGAGGAGGGAAGGAAAGGCCAGUGAAUGGCUGCCGCCACAGGUCUGUCGUCCGCUGCCAGAACUGCAAAGUCAACCUGUGCCAACCGUGUCGGAAAAGCACCCACAAUGGAGGUAACAAGAGGAAGCACCCACUCACUGCCUAUCCUCCUCCACCCAAACCUGCAGAGCUCAACUCAACCCCUUCACCCAAACCUGCAGAGAUCAACUCAACCCCUUCACCCAAACCUGCAGAGAUCAACUCAACCCCUUCAGCAAAACCUGUUGAAGUCAAAUUAACCCCUCCACCCAAACCUGCAGAGAUCAAUUUAAGCGUAUUGGUAGAUGAGGCAGAAGUCCAGAAGGCAAAACUUCUGGAGAAAGUCUGCAGUUUUCUUCUGGUUGAUGCGAAUGAGGAGAUGCAGGUAAAGGACGAUGGCGCGUUUGUGAAGAAAUUGAACUGCAAACCUGACAAGCUGAUCAAGGUGGUGUCCAUCUUUGGCAACACAGGAGAGGGCAAAUCCCACACUCUGAACCACACUUUCUUCAUAGGCAGGGAGGUGUUCAAGACCUCCCCCACACAAGAGUCCUGCACAGUGGGGGUGUGGGCAGCAUUCGACCCCAUCCACAAGGUGGUGGUCAUUGACACAGAGGGCCUGCUGGGUAACAGCUCCAACCAGGGCCAAAGAACACGACUCCUUCUAAAGGUGCUAGCUAUCUCCGACCUCAUAAUCUACCGUACCCAUGCCGACCGUCUCCAUGACGACCUCUUCAAGUUUCUGUGUGACGCGUCGGACGCCUACCUGAAGCAUUUUACCAAGGAGCUGAAGGCCACUACGGCCCGCUGUGGCCUUGACGUGCCUCUGUCCACCCUGGGUCCGGCCGUCAUCAUAUUCCAUGAGACCGUCCACACCAAGCUGCUGGGCUCAGACAAUUCAUCAGAGUCUGUAGAUCGGUUGCUACUUGAGCGGUUCAGGAAGCUAGGCCGUUUCCCAGAGGCAUUUAGCUCCAUCCAGUACCGAGGCACGCGUACCUGCAGCCCCCCAACCGACUUUGGUGGCCUGCAGCGCACCCUGGAGCAGCUACUGGACAACAACGCCACCCGCUCCCCUCGCUCCCCAGUCGUCAUCUUCAAAGCCUUGCAGGCCCUAAGUGAGCGCUUCAAUGGGGAGAUCGCUGAUGAGCUCAUAGCCCACAAUUGCUUCUUCCCCGAUGAGUAUUUCACCUGCUCCUGCCUCUGCCUCAGUUGCGGCUCUGGCUGCAAGAACAGCAUGAACCACCUUGGGGAGGGGGUGUGUCAUGAGGCCAAACACCGCUGCCGUUACUCACCCCAAUACGACAAUCGCAUCUACACCUGUAAGGCCUGUUACGAAGGGGGAAAGGAAGUGGUGGUGGUUCCCAAGACCUCUGCGUCCUCAGAUUCUCCGUGGUUGGGCCUUGCUAGAUUUGCUUGGUCAGGGUACGUGAUUGAAUGUCCAAACUGUGGGGUGAUCUAUCGGAGCCGGCAGUACUGGUAUGGGAACCAGGACCCAGUGGAUACGGUGGUCCGCACUGAAAUCCAGCAUAUAUGGCCUGGGGCAGAUGGAUUCCUGAAGGACAAUAGCAAUGCAGCACAGCGUCUGCUGGAUGGUGUUAACUUCAUGGCCCAGUCUGUGUCAGAGCUCAGUGUGAAGCCUGCCAAGGCCGUCACCUCCUGGCUAACGGAUCAGAUCGCCCCGACCUACUGGAAACCCAACUCCCUCAUCCUGACAUGCCUUAAGUGCCAAGAGGUCUUCCAAGACAACGAUACCAAGCAUCACUGCCGUGCCUGUGGGGAAGGGUUCUGUGACACAUGCUCGUCCAAAGCCACGCCUGUCCCAGAAAAAGGCUGGGGUCUGGUCCCCGUGAGAGUCUGUGACACCUGUUUUGAGCAGAGGGCCACACAUACAGAGCUGUUGCAUGCAGAGGUUGAAGAUGAGGAAGGUGGAAACCUAGCCAGGAAGGUUGGAGAAGCAGUGUCAAACACACUGGGCGCCGUGGCUACUGCUAUUGACAUCCCACUGGGUCUGGUCAAGGAUGCUGCGCGUCCCACCUACUGGGUGCCUGACCAGGAUAUCCUCUCUUGCCACAACUGCCAGUGCAGCUUCACUGCCAAGUUGUCCAAGCACCACUGUCGCGCCUGCGGGCAAGGCGUGUGUGACGAGUGCUCGCUGGAGCGUCGGCCGGUCCCAUCGCGGGGCUGGGACCACCCCGUCCGUGUUUGUGCUAACUGCAACCAGAAACCUGGAGACCUUUAACGGGGCUGGCCCUCUUCCCUUACAACACUGGACUGAACCACCUCUAGACCCUCCACCCACCCCUUAUAGACCUCCAUUAAAUGGUUCUGUCCCGUGUCUGUGGCAAGUGUGUUUUUAGUAAAUCUAGUUUUAGGGUUUCUUAUGCCUUGUGGAACAACAGGAACGUCUAUGUAAUUUGUCCUUAUCAAAAGAGUGAGCCAGGAAGAUAUUUUGAGCUCUUCAUUUACCCAAAUCGCAGCUUUUUUAAAUGGUUAAAAAAUAUUUUUCUACCAUGGAAAAAAAGUACAUUUGUAGCAUGUUAGCAAUGUUAUUUUCUUGAGGAACCUGGGGAGGGGGUUAGUUUUAAUCAAUACUUUCCAUAAGGCCUUGUUUUACUGAUGUUACAACUAAUGUUGAGGGGAUAAUGGUGUCUGAAGUCCCUGCUGCAGGUUAAUUGCAUGCUCUACUACACUAUUUUAGGUUUGCUCUAAGUCUGUUGCAGCUUUAUAAAGCUGCUGCUUAUCAUAGCCAGAAAAAUAAAAUAAAAACAAAGAUUUGACUUAGAUUUGAGCAUGCAUGACCACCCAUAUCCCAUUUUUCAACCAGUCUGUCAAGAGUUAGUCAACUUUAGAUUUAGGAUAUUUGGUCUACAAAUAGCCUUUUGGGUUACUGCUUCUGUUGACACUAACUUCAUAUUUACUUCAGAGGUUAUGGUUCUAUGAAGACAUGGAAUUAUGCUAGAAGGUGAAUUCAGGAUUUUAGAAACUUUGUUUUGUAGAAAACAAUUGUUCAGCUUGAGUCUGAAAGAUGCAUAGCCUUUGAGAUGUUCAGAGGGUCUGGUGAUUUCUGAAUAAAUCAAUACCUAACCUCAUUGUUAUAUUUUAACUUAUACUGGGUGGUAUUUUUGUAAUGUAUCUGACAAUUUCUGUUAAGUGUAUACACAUGAUGUGCAUUAUGCACCUAGAAUUUGAAUGGUGUGUCAUUUACUACCGUUUGUUUGAAUCUUGUUUGAUCACCAUAAGCAUAGGCUGGUGGGACAAUGAACUCAGCAUUGGUUUUCAGCCCUCUGCUUCUGUGGCAUUAUUUGUCGUCCAUGUUAAAGAUUGCAGUAUCAAAUAGAUUGCAUGCUCAUUCUUUCAUAUUUUGUGCUUUUUAAUAAUUGAGAGAUGAUAUGCUAUAUGUAGACAGUAAGUCAUUUUAAGUUAGUUUAAUGUGGUUUUAUUUCUGAAUAGUGUUAUUGGUAUAUUUGAGUUCAAUUGCUUUCUUGACUGGAAUCUGUUGUCCUUCAUUCAUACAACACUUGGAUAUGCACAGUCAGCUAGCAUUUAUACCUUUUCACUUUUCACCAUUUCACUUCUUUGAUGGUUAGAUGAAUAAGAAGCUGAAAUGUCAGAACCCAGGGAACAAUAUUACCUGGAUACAUGCCAACCAAGCACAUAUGUUUAUUUCCUUUAUGUGUUUGGAAAAAAAGAAAAUGAUGAAAAAAAGGUUGUCCUGUAAGCAUUUAAGAUAUAAUUGUCAUUUUGUUAGAUUUGUAUUUUAUUUUUGCCCUUUUGUCUAAGCUGUAACCCUAGAUAGUGAAGUAUAGAAAUUACGCUGGAAUCUGCCUUGUCUGCUGUCAAAAUGUUUAUCUGAUUGAAUGAUGUCAUAGUUUCAUACAAAGUCAUGUCUGAUUUGCUAAUAUUGCACAGAAUAAUAGCCAGGAAUGUCAGCUAUGUCCCCAUCUAGUCCUUUGUUUUCCAAACCUAUUGCUUGAGAGAGACCUUUGUGACAGAAAUGAUAAUGGAUUGAAUUCUCGACUCGACACUCCUAAUGCACAGACAAAGAGGUAUGAAACACUAUGUUAUGCUGUUAUUGAACAUACGAUCAUGAAAAAGUGUGGAUGUCUGCAUAUUGACAAUGCCCAUAAGUGGUGGAAUAACUAUAUUAUUAAAGUCUUAUCAGCUCA